CCACUCUCCUCAGUGCCCCGAGAUCGGAUCAUAUGUAGACUAUUGUAUGCAGCCAACAUUCACCCGGGCGGAUGGGCUCCCGCUGCAGCAGUUCGGGCAAUGGCGAAGCGAGAAUAUCCCCGUUUUCUCAAACGCUUUAGCGCCUAUGUUCAGACGCAGACACAGCUCAAUCCGCCGCUAUUCUGA